UUUUCAGAGUCAUUCUUUCUUUUUAGCGUUAUAUCCCCUCCAGUGGUCUUCAAGAUGCCCGCCACCGCGUCCCGUGCCGUGCUGCGGCAAUCGCAGUUCCUGACCCGCCGGUCUGCGGUCAGGUACGCCUCUUCGACCUCAGAGGCCGCUUCCAAGGCUAGUGAGACUGCUUCCUCUGCUGCCUCCAAGGCGUCUGAGGGUCUGUCUCGUGUCUCCUCGUCCGCUGGCCCUGCCAUUUCCAGCGCCGCCCAGGGUCUCGGCAGUGCCUUGAGGAAGGUUGGUGGAAGGACCGGAAAAGUCAUUGCUUUUGUCGAUUCCAUGAUACCCCCUACCGUCUACUACUCGAAGGUCGGUCUCGAGCUCGCCAAGUUGGUCUUCCGUGGCCAGAACAUGACUCCUCCCAACCUGGCCACCUUCCAGACUUACUUCCAGCCUCUGACCAACGCUUUCCGCAACCCCGCCGCCUUCAAGAACUCGAGCUUCGCUCCCUCCAACAUCCUGUCCCGUGUUCGCAGCGCGGACAAGAAGCAGAUCGCUCUGGCCGGUGUCACCGCCGCGGAGGUCAUCGGUUUCUUCACCGUUGGUGAGAUCAUCGGCCGUAUGAACCUCGUCGGCUACAAGGGAGAGCCUGAGCACCACCAUUAGAUAAAUACCAAGCCGUCGUGCCUUAGCCUGUCUUCCUUCCCUUUUCCGCUUUCCUUUGUGUGCUGUACUAUUGUAUGAUAGACGAUGGAAUAAACUGUUGUCUGAGGUUGUGCAAUACGG